AUGGCGUGGCAUUCUUGCAUGUCGACCAUCAUCAUCAAAUACUCGGGACUUUAUAUCCUUGUCCACCCUGGUAGUACCGGCGUAAAUGUCGCGCAAGAGCAGGGAUUCGUCGUAGUCGUCAAGUUCGGUCUCUUCAGGAUCGUCAAUGUUGUCUCCGUCCUCCGCGACGAGCUCGGCGACCUUCAAGGAGUUUCAAGGCUCGUGCAGGUACGCCAGAAAGGUGGCCCGACUAUGACGAGGAGGAAGCCCCCAAUGGGUAUGUCCAAUCGUGAGGGCAGGACGCUGUGGAGGCCGGACUGGGGGAACCUUAAGAAUAAGUUCUUUGAGAACCUGGUCGAAGCGGCGAUCAAGUCUUCCAACAAAUCAAACAACAAAACAGGCGGUGACGAUGAAGAAGGCUCAUCCGGCUGGAGGUGGAAGCACAACAAGAAGAACUCGACCAUAUGUGUUGGACCAGAUGGGCGCACUGGUCAAGACUACCUCGUCGAUUCCGGUGCGCCGCGUCCGUCAGAGGCGGAAGUGAGAGAUCGAGUGGUCAUGUAUCUCGAGUCCAUCGACAGGAAAAAAGGGAACGCAGCGAGCGUUGAGGCGAGGCCAGGUCGCCUUCCUUUGAGCAAAUGUCAGGAGGCACCCCUUCUCAAGGCCACCUUCACCCAGAACAACGGGGUUCUGCGCGCCCUCUAUUUCAUAGAGCGGCACGAGACUCAAAACCCCUUGAAGGUCGCCGAGAAUGUCGCGGAGGACGGAGACAAUAUUGACGAUCUUGAAGAGACCGAGCUUGACGACUACGACGAGUUCCUCCUCCUGCGUGACAUCUACACCGGUACCGGGGUGGAGCAAGAUACAAAGUCUCGAGUAGUUGUAAAGCCAUGGUGGUGGUCGGAAGAGGCAACAGUCGCUUACACCUUCCACCUGCCACCUAAUUAUCACAAGCUUAGGACUACCGGCUUUCGUCUUGCUUCUGGCGUAUGCGCCGAGAUCGAAGAGGGAGAAGGCGGUGGGGAGAUCAUCCAGCCCGUGAUCGAGUGCACCAAGAGCAUGAUCAACUGGGAUGUGGUCCGACUCGUCAACUCACCUCUGAUACCCGAUGAGUCUCAAGUUGCUCGCAAUGUCGUCUUGGCUACAAGCCGCCGCUUGCCGACACUUCAGCAAUAUCUCCAGGACACCCAGCCUGGGAUCCUGACAAAGGUCACCGAGAAGCAUCUCAAACUUUCUCCUUGUAGAGACAGUUUCGAGGACUAUGGUGAUGAAGGGUUUGACGGUGGUGGUGAUUACAGACUUGGCGAUGAUGGUGAUGGUGAUCCUGCCCUUCCGCCGACUCAAGAGUAG